GAAUGUAUCCAUUGCCAUCCUUUGUGUUGUGAGAAGGUGUUGGCGUUGGAUGAGGUUGCAUGGAGCAGCCAGUGUAGGAGGGCACUGGUGAGGAGGAUCAGUGAUGCUGAAGGGAGGCUAUAAUAUCCGAGAAUUCAAAUCAUUAUCACCAUCAUCUGAACUGGAGGAAAAGUGCUUUUCAAAGCUCUUCCGCACAGGCUCCUCCUUUCACCCUCCUGUAUCAAACUUGAAGAUUGGCGGUGCCUGCUGCUGCGCCUCCUUUUCUACUUAGUGAUUUCAGAUUUUAAAAUGCGGUUUAUCUUUAAUAUUGGACACAGCUGGGGCCACUGUCCAAGCCGAGAGGUUUUGUUGAAUGUUUGCUUUUCUCAAAGGGUGUAAUGGUCGUCAACAACACUCCCAAAACAAGAGCAGCAACACCUUUGGACUACCGCAUGGACUCGCUGGAACAUCCGAUGUUACAAUCUCAAAGCAAAGGAGGUCGAAGAAAAGGUCGAUUUAAAGGUUCAGAUGGCAGCACCUCCUCCGACACCACCACCAACAGCCUUGUCCGCCAGGGUUCGGCCGACUCCUACACCAGCCGUCCAUCAGACUCCGAUGUGUCCCUUGAGGAGGAUAAGGAGGCAGUGCGCAGAGAGGCAGAGCGACAGGCUCAGGCACAGCUCGACAAGGCCAAGACCAAACCAGUUGCAUUUGCUGUCCGCACAAAUGUCAACUACAGCCCGUGUCACGAUGACGAUGUCCCUGUGCCUGGCAUGGCCAUCUCCUUUGACACUAAAGACUUCCUCCAUGUCAAAGAGAAAUUCAACAACGACUGGUGGAUAGGACGCCUGGUGAAGGAAGGCUGUGAAAUUGGUUUCAUCCCAAGUCCAGUGAAGAUUGAAAACACUCGCAUCCUCCUGGAGCAGAGAGCCAAACAGGGCAAGUUCCACUCCAGUAAAUUGGGAGCAAACUCAUCUUCUAGUUUAGGUGAAGUGGUUCCUAACUCACGGAAAUCUACUCCUCCUUCGUCUGCCAUUGACAUAGAUGCCACAGACUUAGACCUCGAGGACAAUGAGCUUCCGGUCAGCCUGCGCUCCCCUAAAGCCAGUCCAAACACUGUCAUGUCACCCCUAGCAAAAGAGAAACGAAUGCCCUUCUUUAAGAAGACGGAACACAUUCCUCCGUACGACGUUGUGCCUUCUAUGCGGCCCGUGGUUCUCGUUGGACCAUCACUGAAGGGCUAUGAGGUGACAGACAUGAUGCAAAAAGCGCUGUUUGACUUUUUGAAACACAGAUUUGAGGGAAGAAUAUCAAUCACUCGCGUUACAGCGGACAUCUCUCUGGCCAAACGCUCAGUCCUGAACAAUCCCAGCAAGCACGCCAUCAUCGAGCGCUCCAACACGCGCUCCAACUUGGCUGAAGUCCAGAGUGAGAUUGAGCGGAUUUUCGAACUUGCCCGGACGUUACAGCUGGUGGUUCUGGACGCCGACACCAUCAACCACCCUUCACAGCUGGGGAAGACCUCCCUCGCCCCCAUCAUUGUCUACGUUAAGAUAACCUCUCCUAAGGUGCUCACGAGGCUCAUCAAGUCUAGAGGCAAGUCUCAGGCCAAACACCUCAAUGUCCAGAUGGUGGCUGCUGACAAGCUGGCUCAGUGCCCUCCUGAGAUGUUCGACAUCAUCCUAGAUGAGAACCAGCUGGAGGAUGCAUGUGAGCAUAUGGCGGAUUACCUGGAGGCGUACUGGAAGAGCACUCACCCCACAAGCUCCAACCCCCCCAACCCAAUGCUAACAAAGCUGCCCACAGCCGCCCUGCCCUCCAGCCCCGCCCCGGUAUCCGCCGUGCAGGGCAGCGGUGCAGAGCAGAAAGGUGAUAAAGCAUUGGUGGAGAGAAAGGGCUCCAGAGAGGAUCACCAGCACCAUCAUCACCAUCACCACCACCACCAGGACCAGGGUGAUGCCGAUGGGGAGGCUGAGGGGGAGGGCAAUGAGGAGGAGAGGCCUCUGAGGACAGAGACCUCCAGGAGAGCCCAGCACAUCCACCACCGUUCGUCUUCCACCAGGACUGAGCACCACAACCAUCACCACCACCACAGCGGUCGGGGGCGGGGCCUCUCUCGGCAGGAAACUUUGGACUCUGAGACCCCCGAGAGCAGAGAGAGCCGAGAGAGCAAGGACUCGGCUUAUAUCGAGCCACGCACUCAACUCCUCCACCGGGAGGAGGAGGAUGAAGAGGAGGAGGAGGAAGAUGAGGAGGAGGAGGAGGAGGAUCUAGGGGAGGGGCACCCCCAGCAGCAACAGCGAUAUGAGCCACUGCCCCACCGGGACCACAACCACCACCACCAUCACCAUCACCGGGGGGGGGCGGAGGAAGCCGGCCACAGCACUGGACAACACCGCUCAAAGGAGCGCGAGCAGGACCAUAACGAACGGAACAAGCAGCGCUCGCACCAUCACCGGCCGGCACGGGACCACCACCACCACCAAUACUACGAUCGGGACAGAGACAGGGACCGAGAGGUGGAGGUGGCUCCCAAAAAGAGGGGAGACGCAGGGGAGUGGUCCAGAGACUCCUACAUCCACCAGUGACAGACCAAAUCCCUCCCGAAGCUCAUCUGGACUCUUAACCAUUCUGUUCUCCCAUCGUGCUGCUAUACCCUGAAACCACAGCAUCCUAUUUAUGUACACUUCCUUUUUAAAUGCUGUUGCAUCUUUUUCAAUGGCAGGAUUUUAAUUACAUAGAUAUAAAUAUAUAAAUAUAUGUAUGUGUGUAUCUAUGCAUAGACGUUGUUUAUGUGUGGAUAUGCAUGAAUAUUCUCAAAUAUGCAUAUUUUAAACCUGUGUUUGAUAAAGCAUGACACAAAAGCAGAAUUGUUUUCUGUACGGAGCUGUGCUUUCUGUGAUUAGCAUUUUUUUUUUUUUUGCUUGCUAUCACUUGAAUAAUUUGUUCCUUCAGACUACUGCUAGGGUUGACUCCAACAGUUGACUAACCAAGUUAGACUGUAUUUGCAGAUGGAAUUUGUUUUAAAGAAUAGUUUGUCAAUUUUGGAAAUAGGCUUAUUCUCUGUCUUGCUGAGAGUGGCCAGUUUGUUUGGUACAACUAAAACUAAUGCAGUCUAAAAUAUAAUACCUCCAUAAAGGUAUUCAACAGUUUUUGUUGAAACUGAACUUUAUCAUAACUUUGGAGACUGCAGUGUGUGGUGCUUUUGGUUUGUAUUGUAUUGUUAUAUUGGCAGUUUCUAUUAUUUUGUCCACCCCAUUUAUAUCAAUGAGGGUAGUCUAAAGAGCAGGACUGUUGGAUUAGACUUGAUUUGUUUUAGCACCUAAUUAACUGCCAACUGGGUCUAAAGGGAACGAUCAAUUACACUCAUAUUAGUAAGGUAAAUAUGGUGUUACAGCUAGCAGCCUGUUAGCUUAGCUACAUACGGGAAGACAGCCAGUCAUUCCCUGUUUGAAGGUUGCAAAUAAUAUGUAAAGCUCACUAACUAACCUUUUAUAUGUAAAAUGUUGUUUUGUAUAAAUAACCAAAUUAAAAAAAGUUGCGAUUUAUCUUCAGCUGACUCACGGUAAGCUAACAGGCUGCUAUUGCUAGCUGCAGGCUAAUAUGUAACCGACAGAUAAAAAGUGGAAUUGAUUUUGUAAUUUAAGUAUCAGCAAGGAAGCUAGUAAGCAUGUUCCCUAAAGUGUCAGACUACUCCCUUAAUUUUAUGUUAAUCAUUUAUAGCUUAGUUCCUUUUUUUAAUUCUGCAUCAAUGGUUCAAGAUAUUGGGUUCGGACAUCUUUAAGCCUCCCUGGAGGUGCACCUUAGUCUUGCCUUACAAGACAAACAAAUUCUACAACUUCCUCUCGUAGAUGCAGUACUGUUCUCUUUGUAUGGGUCCAGAAACAUUUUAUACCAUUGAUACACCCUUCUGCACUUUUACUGAUUCACGUUAGUUUCAAGUGAAAUUUGAUAUGACAUUGCAACUUUUCUGUAGGUCUACAACCAAAACUCCACUUAGAUUCAUGUUUUAUUAAGUCUAACCCCUUUUUCUAUUGAAUGUUGUUAAAUUCCCACCUCAGAGUAUAAAUGAAUGUUGAUUUUAAGAUAUCUUCUUCAGUACGUUCCUCACUAAAAAUGUUUAAAGAUGCACUCAAACAAUUCUCAAAUGUUUUCCAGACAAAAAUAUUUGUAUCAUUCCCCUUACUAACACAACCUAUGUUAAGGGUCAAUUAUGUUGGCUCAACGUUUAACUUUUCCUGUAAAAUUCCAUAACACAGGAAUUCUGAAUUGAGCUGGCUCUAUGCCCCUCUGUUUACAAACCCACCCUAUCCAUUCACUUUUUUGAUUUUGCCUGACAAUUGUAAUUAUAAAAACGACUCCAUUUCUAUGCUACAUUGGUAGCACUACAGAUUUUCUUACAGUGUAGGCCUACAUGUGAAUGUACAUAAUGCAUAAAUAUGAAGAAUAAAGUUGGCAACAAAGGACUGAUGAAGGAGGAGAAAAA